AUGAAGCGUUAUCGAUAUAUAAAUGUUUCAAUUCUAAAGCCACAUAAACAGGUAACAUCAGCACCAAGUCCAGAGCAUAUAGAAACUGUUCAUUCAUCAUCAAUUGUCAAACCACGCCCAUUAACAUCUCAAUCUACUCACCUUCGAACGUCAUCGUCAAAAGCAGAAGAAAUGCGGAACGAUACAAGCCAAGAGGUGCCAUUAAAAUUAUCGUUCACUUCAGAUCAUUCUAAAAAUAUUUUGAACGAAAAUUCUUCCGAUGAUAUUGAUUUUUCAGCGAGUACCUCAAUUGGACUACGUUGGAAUACAAUAGGAUCUACUGUAGCUGGUACUGGAGUUGGAGGUUCUUCUGAUUCUAAUCGACUAUAUAAUCCCAGUGAUAUCGUAUUGGAUUCAUCGAAUGCCCUUUAUAUUGCCGAUCAAUCUAAUAACAGAGUUGUGAAAUGGAUCGUUGGUGAGUUGACGGGAACUACUGUUGCUGGUCAAGCAAGUGGAACAGCAGGUUCUGCGGCAUAUGAGUUGAAUCAACCGGGCGACAUUUUUGUUGACUCAAGUAAUCAGCUGUAUGUAGCUGAUACUAACAAUCAUCGAGUUCAACUUUGGUCUAGUGGUGCAUUCACGGGAAAAACUGUUGCCGGUAACGGCACCAAUGGUUCUGCCUUCAAUCAACUAUCCUAUCCGAAUGGUGUUAAUGUUGACUCGAGCUCCGGCAUUCUUUACAUAGCAGACACUAACAAUCAUCGUAUUAUGAGUUAUGCCUCGAAUGCAUCCAUUGGUACUUUGGUUGCUGGUGGAAAUGGAUCAGGAACACAUUCCUAUCAGUUAUACUCUCCAUAUUCAGUUCAUUUUGAUUCAUUCUCGAACAGCCUAGUGAUUGCCAAUUAUGGUGCCCACAAUAUUGUUCGGUGGGUUAUAGGUGCUAGUGGUUGGACACUUAUUGCUGGAUAUGUCGGAUCAUCUGGUAGCACAUCAAUGACGCUUUUGUACCCUACAGAUGCGAUAUUUGAUCCAAUGGGAAACAUUUAUGUGGCCGACCGUAACAAUGAGCGUAUACAAUUUUUUCGUGCUAGCCAACCAAAUGGAACAACUAUUGUCGGUGCUACACAGUCAUCUGAUAAUGAUUGUCAAGCAAAUCAACUAUUAUCAAUACAUGAUAUAUCUUCCACUAUUUAUAUUUUCAAUUUCAAAAUUCGAACAAAAUUUAUCAAAAUAGAUCAAAUUGAAAAGCAACUCAUUCGUGUUAAUUAUUUUCUCCAACAAAUAUAUAAUAGUGCUCAAAUGGAUUUUAAUUGUCGUAGUUUAAUUGUUGAAAAUAAAGUUCUGUUUACGAAAAAUCCUUCUUCUAACGAAGAAUUUAGUAGAACAGAAGUUAAAAAUAAAAAAACUACAAUAGUUGCAUGA